AUGGCGCUCCGAUUGCGCAAGGAUGUGCAGAAAGCGUCCUACUACGUCUGGUUCCUGGGUGCCCAGGAAGCGAAAGCACUACGAGGUACCCGCAGCCUGCUGCCGAUGAUACCGCGCAUGGUGGAGAAAUCAAAGGAACAGGAACCGCUUAAGGUAACGCUGCAGGUUUCACACAAAGGACUGAAGAUUGUACAGGGUUCGGCCAAACACUUUAUCCCGCAUGGUGCGAUCACCUGCACGGUGCAGACGGAAGACAUUGUCGCCUGUACGCUGCUGCUGUACAAUCCCGCCACCAAAUGUCCGCUGCACGUUCACGCGUACCGGUGCGACUCGGAGCUAACCGCCCAGGCGCUGCACGAUCAGCUGCAGGUGCUGAUCAACAGACCGGAAAACCAGAAACGAUUCACCGAACUGGAAGCACGGCUCGGUUUGGCGGCACAGCUAACCGGCGGUUCGUGCGGUGUAAAUGGUGGUCAACCGGGUGGACCGGGUGCAAUUCCGAUCAUGGACGGUGGCCCAGGACGCAAGAGGAUGCCGCGCCGGUUCGAAUCACCCCGUCGCUUUCCGGACUCUUCGCAUGGCAGUGAUACGGGCACGGCCAGUACGCGGGAAUCGGAGUGUUCCGAGGAACAGCAACAUUCGCCGACUUCGGGGCCGGUCUCACCAUUGAUCAGCCAGUCCAAGCUGUACGAUUCGCUGGCGGCCGAACUGCGGGAGAAGCUCAGCGGCGGUGUGCCACUGCUGCUGCCCACAAAAGAACCGGACCACAAGAAGGAACCCGUGCACGGUUCUAAUGAUGCCGCAGCACGACGGUUCCGCAACGGUUGUCUGACCGGCUCGAUCACACCAUCGGCGGGUGUAAAUCAAAAGCAUGGCGUAUCAUCCCGUGGAUCUUCCGGCAUCGGCUCGGAUCUGGCCCCGAGCCCGGAACGACACGAUCCCCAAAGCUCAAGCGAGGACGAAUGGGUGAACGACCAAGAACCGACUCUGAACGGCAAUUCGCAUCACCAUUCUGGUGGCCGACCGGCCGAGCGCUAUCUGGACGAUCAGCCGGUGACACGCAUGAGCAAGUACCGUGACGCACCGCCGCCAACGACGUACCUGUACCCGAAUGUACGGGACGAGCCGAGCCGUGUACGGCAUCAGCGUUCGUCGAGCCGCGAGGAGGAUCGCAGUCUGCAGGGCUCGGUAAACUCGCGCGAGGAGGAAGUGAAACCGAUCAUCACCAACCACACACCUCGCUACCGGAAUGCGUACAAACCCGUGGACGGGUAUGGGUUGGAAGAGCGCAAGAAGAAAAUCACCAUCGAGGACAAGUACGUGGAUGAGCGUGACGGUGGUCGAAGAAGUGGCCGAUAUGGUGGAGCAGAUGACCGUGCGUUGGAACACCGUGGAGAGGUUGAGUUCGAGUACGGGAAGCCACAGCCGGAUGCGAGACGGUACUUUGAGGAGGAGUACGAGCGUGAUCGCUAUCGUGAGAAUCUGACCGAUCGGCAGAAGUACCGUGAGAUGCCCGCCGAAGGUGGUAAAUACCGUGGCAAGGAGUACGAUCGUCGAGCACCGGCUCAGGUGGCGUACGCGGAUCGUGCUGAUUAUCGCGAAUAUUCACCGGAACGUAUCCCACCGAUGGUGUCUGGACGUGGCAAGUACGCUGCCCAGGAUCAUUUCGGCGAACGGCAGGAUUUCAAGGUAGAGCGCGAAGGAUAUCACCGUUCGCCACCGGCACACAAGACCGAUCGGAUGAGGUACGCUCACGCGGAAGAUACGCACGACAGCGCUGAUAGGCGGCCGAUGUACCGGUCGGGCCCGGAAGAGGAAGGAUACCGCGAGGACAGACGCUACGCUGGUCACGAGGAAGCACCGAAACGCACCAGUUACAAGCUGGCGGAUAAGUACGAGGAACGCUGGCGCCAGGAGAUGUCUGCGGGUUACGGAGACGUUGAACCGUCGACCGGACGCCGUUAUCAUCGGGAGGAAUCGAAGCACGUGCAGCCACCACCACCACCACAGCCACCGGCGGACACGUGGAAACCGUUAGAACCGCGCAAGAAGUCCGUCGAGAUACGGACCAGCUCGCCGGAAUCGACCAUGCAUCGUAUCUCGCCGAAGGACCGGUUCCAGACGGCGAAGGAAAAGUUCCAGCAGAUGGAGCGCGAGCGUCACGAACAGGAGCGGCUCGAGCAGGAACGUUUGGAGCGUGAACGGCUGCUGCACAGCAAGCGGACGGUGGACCAUGCGCCUGCACCACGCCGUGGUUCGCUCGAGCCGGCGUCGGCGGUCAGUUCGCAUGAUAGCAAUGGUUGGAGUUCGGAAGAGGAACAGCUGCCCCCGCGAGGCCAUCCGCGCUCGAACGGCAGCUUGAGCGGGUCCGGUGUGAAUGGUUCGAUGGGUCCGGGAGGCUACCGGGAGCUAUCGCCGGAAGAGCGUUACCCGGGACUGGAUCGUGAUCCGGGACGCGACGUCGGACGACGCAUGAUGCCGGCCAAAAGUUUGACCAAUCUGGUGAAGGGCUAUCGGCACAGUUACGCAGAGCCACGGCCACCGCCAGUUUCGCGUAGCAGUGGCCGCGUUGGGUUGGCCGCAGUUAAUCCGUACUAA